AGGGAGGGUGGAGAGACUGUGGGAUGGAGUUCCAAGGUGGGGACGGCGAAGAGAGCAAAUGUGGGGUUGAAAUUCCAAACUGCAAGUCAAGCUGUCCCACCGGCCGACAAACUAAAGCAUGUGGUCUCUCUCUCUCUCUCUCUCUCUCCCAGGAGUUGGAGGAUUACAAGGCGGAGAUCGAGGAUAAUGAGACGCUGAUCGGGAUGAAGCGAAGUGUGCUUGUGCACCAGCCCAGCCCCUCCCACAGGAUGAUCCAGAGCACACCGCUGGACCUGAUCGAGACGGGGCGGGGGCUGAAGUUACAGACGGACAAACCCCACCUGGUCAGCCUGGGUAGCGGACGGCUUAGCAUCGCCAUCACCUUGCUGCCUCUGGAGGAAGGCAGGACCACCCUGGGUGGUUCGGAGUCACCGCCUCAGGACAUCGUGAUCAGAGGCCCUGGUGUCGUGGCCCAACACUGCUACAUUGAGAACAAGUGUGGGAUUAUCGCCCUGUAUCCCUGUGGGAACCAGUGCUCUGUGGAUGGGCUGCUUGUCACCCAACCAACCCGACUCAGCCAAGAUCCCGAGAAUUUGGUCAAUGGAAACCACCCAUCGGCAUUUACCCCGGACUGUCCGGCUCAGAGCGCCACAUCGCGUCCUGCUCACACCACGCUGGUCAGCUCCAUCGAGAAGGACCUCCAGGACAUCAUGGACUCUUUGGCGUUGGAGGAUAUGGGCUCGACGUCGCCGGUCAAGCUGCCUCCGGCCAUGGCCCAGUCGCCUCUGUCUCCGGUGGUGAACGGAGGCAUCGGACGCUACCUGCUGUCUCCCCCCAUGAGCCCUGGCGGCCUGUCCGCGGGUUCCAGCUACGAUAACAUGUCUCCGCCGUUCUCUCCCUUGUCCUCGCCGUCCGCCAACAGCAGCGCCGGGAGCUGUACCAGCCAGUCGCCCAGCAACCAGGACCCCGGACCAUUACUGCCCCCCACGGUGCCCGUCAGGUCCUCCAGCUACAACCACAACGUGCAGCCUCCGGCCUACAGGCCCGUGCCAGUCUACGCCGGGCCUGGCGUGGAUUUGACCCGCUGUAACGGCCUGGUGGGCGGGCAGAGGGUCUCGCUCGAGAGCCCCCGGGCGCUGAGGAAAGCCUCCAGCCCGCACCGCACCCCGCCCAGCCCCACCCCUCACCAACGGGGCCUCUCCCCGGAGGUCGCCGGCCUAAUCCCCGAGGCCAGAAAGGUACCGGAAGGCCCGAGGGUCCCACAGCCCGGCCCCGAGCACACGCCGAGAGUGUGCGUCAGCCCGAGCCCCCGGGGUCACGUGACCUCGCUCCCCACCAGCCCCCGACUAGGCCCCAAGGCCCACUCGCCCACCGGCCCCAGGCCGCUGCAGGAAAGGCCCCCGAGCCCAUUUUGGGAGGCCAGGGAGAACGCCGGGGAACGUGCCGUCGUCAAUGCCAGCCCCUCCCGGCAGCUGCUGUCUCCGGCCCGCGGAUUCCAGGUCCCCGGCUCGGUCCCGGGCGAGAUUUUCGGCUUUGUUCCCGUCACCCACCCGCCCAGGAGCCUCCAUCCGCCGGACAGCCCGCGCCUGGGCAAGCGAGGGCCGAGCGUGGCCACGGAGGGUUGGCGGGAGUUGCCCCCGCUCAGCCCCGCUUCUUCCCGGAGAGCGUUCCCGCCCGGUUCUCCUCAGGCUCGGAACGCGGCCCAUCACCAAAACCACCAACGGAACCACCGGCGGGACGGACCCCCGGAAAGCCCGCGGCUUGGGCGCAGGUCCGACCGGCACGAGGACUAUCCGUCCCGGGGCUCGGCCAGCUCCGGGUGGGGGGUGCGUGACCGCAGCCCCUCCCCCACCUCUCCCUCUGCCUCCGAGCCGGGGAGGAAGGGUUCAGGGGGAGGGGGAGGCUUCUCGCUGACGCACGGCCACAGCCUGACCUCGUUGACCCUGACCGCUGUGUCCACGCCGCUGGCCAGCCCCAGGACCCCGCGGAGGGCAACCGCGGACAAUGGGGGACCGGGACCGGCCCCGGGGGGCCGUCAGAGGAAGAACAGUAUCUCGGAGAUUAGUGACAACGAGGACGAGCUCCUCCAUUAUCACCGGCGGCAACGGGAGGAGAGGAUCCGCGAGCAGGAGAUGGAAAAGCUGGAGCGCCAGCGGUUGGAGACUAUCCUCAGUCUGUGUGCCGAGUAUUCACGUGAUGAUCCGGGGCUGGAGAUGGGACGUGUGACUCAGGGUCCACACUCGUACGUGGAGCCCGACCCUCGGGAACUUUUCGUGGCCUCCAGCCCCCCCGGCUCAUACACAGCCCCCCACAGCCCCCAGGAGCGCUCCGACGAGGAGAACCUGAGGGAGGAGUGUAGCAGCACUGAGAGCACGAACCACGAGCAGGAGGAGACGUGUCGGGGCGGUCGGGGUGUGGGGUACCUGGAGGAGGAACGAGUGCGUGUACUGACCUCCGUGGACGAACUCAAGAAAAGGAUCAAAGAUCUUGAGCAGCAGCUACAGGAGUCUACACGGGAGGCGGAGAUGGAGGUUGCGUUGCUGCAAGGGGAGCGGGAGGCAGAGGCUGCACAGAUGAGGCAGGAGCAGUCGGUGCUGGAGCAGUUGCGGGACAGACUGUCCGAGCUGGAAAGCAGCGUCCAGGUGGAGAGGGAGAAGGAAAGGGCAAAACUUGAAGCUGAGAGGCAGCAGAUAGAGAGGAUGCAGUUUGCUUACAAUGAGCUGAAGAAACAGCUUGAUAACUGCCCCGAGUCAAUGAGGGAACAAUUACAAGAUCACCUCCGAAGGGAAGCUGACACGUUGGAAUCCGAGACUAAACUCUUUGAGGACUUGGAGUUCCAGCAGCUGGAGAAGGAGAGCCGGUUGGAGGAGGAGAGAGAGACCAUCAGCCAACAGCUCCUCCAGGAGCGAGCAGAGUAUCAUCGGAACGUCAUGCUCAGAAAGGAGAAAGUCUCGGCUCUGGACAGCCAAGCCAGUCAGAUCCGCUAUCAGGCCGCACAGGAGUGUGAGAGGCUGAACAAGCAGAAGCAUGCCGCCCUGCAGAUCCUGCACAAGGAGAAAGAGCGAUUGGCCGGACUGGAGAGGCAGUACUUCACACUGACCGGGGGGAAAAGCUUCUCAAAAGGUUCCACGGCUCUGAAAGAGGAAGUGCUCCAUAUCACAGAGCCUAGCGAUCUUUUCCGGACGGCCAAUGCCCAGAAUUCCUUCCCCGGAAAAUCCACCGCUUUUCUCCCCGCUUCCGGCCCCGGUUCGCAGCGACCCCGGCCACAGGAGUAUGUGACGGUGGGACAGCUUAGGGAGAUGUAUGGCAGUUCGUUGGGAAUCUGCGCUGCUUCCCCGGGACCGGUCCCGGCCUCUCUGUCUCUCCCCGCUCCGAGCUUCCUGGCCGUCCAGCCUUCCUCCUCUUCACAGCUUGGCACCGAGCCAUCGCCGUCCAAUAGGACACUGACCUCGACACAGGAGCUAGAGCGAUGGUACCAGGAAAUCAUGGCUAGCUUUGAGGCCUCGUCCUCUUCACCUCCUCCUCUCCCAGCUAAAGCACACUCCACACGAAGGCCCGGCCAGGUUUACCGAUCCAAACUGGAGAGCGAGGGGUGUGGGACUCUGCCUCGAACGAAGACUGGAUCUGCUCCCUCGUCCCCAUUCACUGCUUCCACGCUCGGACGCAACGCGGCAGCCAAGGGCUCGGCGCUGGCACAGAACGGCACGGGGAGUUUGCCACGGAAACUGGCGGCCACACUGCAGGACAUCGAAGCCAAACGGCAGCUGGCUCUGCAGCAGAAAGGUACAGAGAGGGUGGGACACCAGGUGAUUGAGGCAAGGCGACGAUUGGCGGAUCUGAAGCAGAAGGCGGCGCUGGAGGCACAAUCGCAGUGGGAGGCCCUCCACCCGCACCCACCGGAGCUCAUCCACCACAGCAUCCUCCACCACCACCCCCGCUCCCAACACGCCGGCGACAUGGAACACGCCUUCGACACGCUGAGCCUGGAGAGCUCGGACAGCAUGGAGACCAGCAUCUCCACGGGCAACUCGGCGUGUUCCCCGACAACAUUCAGCAGUGCCAGUGGUGUUGACGUGACGAAGAUUGAGGAGAUGGAGAAGUUGCUGAAAGAGGCGCAGGCAGAGAAAGCUCGUUUGCUGGAGACACGGGAGCGGGAGAUGGAGUUCCGGCGUCACGCCUUUGAGGAGGAGAGGAAGCGACGGGAGGAACUGGAGAAGCGGCUUCAGGAGGAGACGGUCCACAGGCAGCAGCUGGUGGACAGAGAGGUGAAGAUGAGAGAGAAAAACUUCUCCCAGGCCCGACCUCUGACCCGCUACCUGCCCAUACGGAAAGAGGACUUCGACCUGCGGUCACACAUUGAGUCGUGCGGACACAACCUGGAGACCUGCUACCAGGUCAGCCUGACCGAGAGGAUGUGUAAGGGACACCUGACCAAAAUGGGCGGCAAAAUCAAAUCCUGGCGCAGACGCUGGUUCGUGUUCGACAGAAUGAAACGCACAUUAACUUACUUUGCCGAUAAACACGAGAUUAAGCUAAAGGGAGUGAUUUACUUCCAGGCUAUCGAGGAGGUUUAUUACGAUCAUCUCAGGAGCGCCUCGAAGAGCCCGAAUCCUGCGCUCACCUUCUGUGUGAAAACUCACGACCGGCUGUACUUCAUGGUGGCCCCCACGCCAGAGGCCAUGCGUAUCUGGAUGGACGUCAUCGUGACGGGGGCGGAGGGCUACACACAGUUCAUGAGCUGAGAGACUGGGGGACCCCAAACUCUCCUCCUUUUUCUUCCCCCACCACCUCCCCCCCACACACACAGACACACACACCACAACCCCCCAUACCCAGUCUCGCUCUCUCUCUCGGAUUGUUCGAACUCACCUGCUCUGUCCUACAUCGGAGACACACACGGACUGGAAGCCUCUCUCUAAGUGUGUGUCUGUCUCUCUCUUUCUCCUGAAAACUCUGUCCUCAAGACUGAGAGACUAAACAACGUGGGACGAAGGAAGGAAUUUGGAGAGAAUUCUCCCAGGAAAGCCUUGUGAUGACGAAACAAAAAAAGCCUUUCUCUCUCUCCCUCACCCCCAUCCAUCCACACCCUCUACCCUC